AUGACUGGAAACAACUGGCUAAAGACUUUGGCCGUUGCGGCGUCCGCUUCGGUCCUCACUGGCCGAGUCUCGGGCCAGGAUGAGUCGUCUGCAAAUGGCAUCGUCGUGGAUGGCACGUCCUUUGCCCUCAACGGCGACCACUCUUCCUACCGCUUCCAUGUAGAUGAGCUGACGGGCGACCUCUACUCCGACCAUUUUGGAGGCUCGGCCACUGAGAGCCUGGAAAUGCUGCCUCCGGCCGUCAACGGCUGGGUUGACAUGAUCGGCCGUGUGAGACGCGAGUAUCCCGACAUUGGUCGCGGCGACUUCCGGGUUCCCGCGCUGCAAAUCCGCCAGACCGAGGGAUACACCGUCAGCGACCUCCAAUACCGAUCCCACAAAGUCAGCAAGGGGAAGCCCAGCCUCCCGGGUCUCCCUGCGACCUUUGGAACCGAGGAGGAGGUCUCUACACUGGUUGUCUCCCUCUACGACAACUACAGCUCCAUUGCCGUUGACCUUUCGUACUCCGUCUUCCCCAAGUAUGACGCCAUCGUGCGUAGCGUCAACAUUACCAACGAGGGCCAGGGCAACAUCACCAUCGACAAGGCGGCUAGUCUCAGUGUGGAUCUGCCCUUUGAAGACUUGGAAAUGAUCGAGCUCAGGGGUGAUUGGGCGCGGGAGGCUAUGCGAGUCCGGCGCAAGAUCGACUACGGCACCCAGGGCUUCGGAAGCACGACUGGAUACUCGUCCCAUCUCCACAACCCCUUCCUAGCCCUUGUCUCCCCGGAGACCACCGAGUCUCAGGGAGAGGCCUGGGGAUUCUCUCUCGUCUACACGGGAUCCUUUUCCGUCGAGGUCGAGAAGGGAUCACAGGGCUUCACUCGCGCCAUGCUCGGCUUCAACCCGUACCAGCUUUCCUGGCCGCUUGGGCCGGGGCAGACUCUCACGACCCCCGAAGUCGUCUCGGUGUACUCGCAGACCGGAAUCGGCGGCCUGUCACGCAAGUUCCACCGCCUGUACCGCAACCACCUCAUGAGGGGCCAGUUCGUCGACCAGAUUCGUCCGUCAUUGCUCAACAGUUGGGAGGGGCUCUACUUCGACUACAACGAGAGCACCGUCUACAACCUGGCGCAGGAGACGGCUCAGCUCGGUGUCAAGCUCUUUGUGCUGGACGACGGGUGGUUCGGCAAGGAGUACCCGCGAGUGAAGGACAACGCGGGCCUCGGCGACUGGGAGGUGAACCCAGACCGCUUCCCCGACGGCCUGCCCGCUCUCGUCAACAAGGUUGUCGAUCUCCAGGUCGCCAACUCGUCCGACAAGCUCCUCUUCGGCCUUUGGUUCGAGCCCGAGAUGGUUAACCCCAACUCGACGCUCUACAACGAGCACCCUGAUUGGGUCCUCCACGCCGGCAACUACCCGCGAACGACUCGGCGCGACCAGCUCGUGCUCAACGUGGCGCUCCCGGAAGUCCAGGAGUUCAUCAUCGAGUCCGUUUCCAAGAUCCUUACCAGCGCCCCCAUCUCGUACGUCAAGUGGGACAACAACAGAGGCUUCCACGAGACGCCAGUUCCCGGCAUCAGCCACUCGUACAUGCUCGGAAUCUACCACGUGUUCGAGGUCCUCACGUCUCGCUUCCCGGAUGUUCUCUGGGAGGGCUGCGCGUCCGGCGGCGGCCGCUUCGACCCCGGUGUUCUCCACUACUUCCCCCAGAUCUGGACCUCGGACAACACGGAUGCCCUCGACCGCAUCUUCAUCCAGUUCGGCACAUCGCUGGCGUACCCUCCCGCCGCCAUGGGAGCGCACGUCUCGACGGUCCCCAACCACAUCACGGGGCGCACCAUCCCCAUCAAGUUCCGCGCCCACGUCGCCAUGAUGGGCGGGUCCUUCGGCCUCGAGCUGAACCCGGCCGAGAUCCUGGAGGAGGACAAGGUGCAGAUCCCCGAACUGAUGGCGCUCGGCGAGCUGGUCAACCCCAUCGUGAUCGGGGGUGACCUGUGGCGCCUCAACCUGCCCGAGGAGUCGAACUGGCCGGCCGCCCUGAUCAUCUCGGAGGACGGAUCGCAGGCUGUGCUGUUCUACUUCCAGGUGCGCGCUCUUUACAACCACGCGCUGCCGCGGCUCCGCCUGCAAGGACUGGACCCGGCUGCGUCCUACUCGCUGGAUAACAACGGGACGUAUUCCGGGGCGACGUUGAUGAACACGGGAGUGCAGUAUGCUCUGGAGGGCGAUUACGACAGCCGUGUUGUGAUGAUCCGGAAGGUCUAA